AUGCCUAAGUUAGCCGUACUUUCUCAGACAUUUUUUCUGGUCUUGAAUAUUGCAACAUUGUUGCAAAUAUGCAUUGCUAAGUCAUACAACGUUGGUGAUUUUGGGGCAAUGGCCGAUGGCAAGACCGACUCGUCAUCGGCCUUGUCAAAGGCUUGGGCGGCUGCCUGCAGCUCAGACUAUGAAUCAACGGUUCUCGUUCCACAAGGAAUGUUCCUGGUGAAUUCGGUAUCGUUGUAUGGACCAUGCAAGAAGAAAGUGCAUCUGAGACUUUUAGGAAAUAUUGUUGCUCCAAGUUACCAAUCAUUGAGCAACCAUCAAUCAUGGAUAUCAUUCAAUAAUGUUGAUGGGUUGUCAUUUAUUGGUAGUGGCACUAUUGAUGCCAAGGGGUCAAGUUAUUGGUCAUGUAAGAAGCAACAAAGAGGUUGCCCCUAUGGAGCAAGGUCAUUCUCUCUUCAAGGCUGCAACAACGUACUGGUUAACGGCUUGAAAUCGUUCGACAGCGAGGGUGUCCACAUUUCUAUCAACCAAUGCAACAACAUCACCAUGCAAAAUUUGAUAUUAACUGCCCCGGAUGAUAGCCCUAACACCGAUGGCAUCCACAUUGGGAAUUCAAACUUUGUUAGUGUCCUCCACAGCAAGAUUGGCACUGGAGACGACUGCAUAUCAAUCGGCCCAGGCACUAAGAACAUGUGGAUGGACCAUAUUGUGUGCGGCCCCGGGCAUGGCAUUAGCAUUGGAAGCAUUGAUGGAACGCCACGUGAAGAAGGAGUGGAAGACAUUGAAGUUAAAAAUUCAGUGUUUAGAAAUACAGACAACGGUGUUCGGAUCAAAACAUGGGCGAAACCUAGCAAUGCGACCGUUAUGAAUGUCAAGUUCACGAACUUGGUCAUGAAAAAUGUUACAAACCCUAUAAUUAUAGAUCAAGAGUAUUGCCCUCAGAGCAAUUGCCCAAAAGGCGUACGUACUUGA